AUGGCUAUUGAGAAAGUGCCCGCCCGCCUCCGCUGCGCCGAGCUUCCCAGCGCCAGGAAAGCGGGGCUCCCGCCUUACGCCCUGCCGCCCGCUCCAUGGCGAGGGCAGCACCGGCUGAGUCUCCGCGCCGGGGGAGGCGGCGCCGGCGGGGGAAGCCCGGCGUCCGCUCCCCCCCGCUGCCACUGCCGCUGCUGUGAGGGCUGCAGCGCCGGCGUCCCGGGCGGCGAGGCGGGAGGGCGGCGCGGCGGCGCCAGCCUGAAGUCGCUGAUCUUGAGCCGCUUCUUGAUGCUGCUGCCUUGGGUGCUGCUGGUGAUCCUCAUGUUGGACACGGACGGCGGCAACCGGCCGCCCCGUCCGUCCUCGUCCCAUCUCGCCCGGCGGCCGCAGCCCUCGCUUCGCCAGGAGGCGCCUCGGGGCCGGGAGGCCGAGUUGCAGCAGCAGGAGCUGCCUCUCAUCUAUGCCAUCACGCCGACCUACAGCCGGCCGGUCCAGAAAGCGGAGCUGACGCGCCUGGCCAAUACCUUCCGGCAGGUGGCGCGCUUGCAUUGGAUCCUGGUGGAGGACUCGGCCGUCGGCACCGAACUGGUCAGCCGCUUCGCCGCGGGGCUCGGCCGAGCGGGCGGCCCGCCCUGCACCCACCUCCACGUGCUGACGCCGCGCAGGUACAAGCGGCCCGGGCAGCCCAGGGCCACGGAGCAGCGCAACGCGGGCUUGGCCUGGAUCCGCCAGAGGCACCAGCAUUUGGCAGCCCCGCAGCCCGGGGUGCUUUUCUUCGCCGACGACGACAACACGUACAGCCUGGAGCUCUUCGAGGAGAUGCGUACCACUAGCAAAGUCUCUGUAUGGCCCGUAGGGCUAGUGGGGGGCCGACGCUACGAGCGCCCAAUUGUGGAAAAAGGCAAAGUUGUUGGCUGGUACACUGGUUGGCGGGCAGGUAGGCCUUUCGCCAUCGAUAUGGCAGGGUUUGCUGUAAGCCUUCAGGUGAUUUUAUCCAACCCCAAGGCUGUAUUUAGACGCCACGGCUCACAACCUGGGAUGCAGGAAUCCGACUUCCUGAGGCAGAUUACCACAAUGGAGGAACUGGAGCCCAAAGCCAGCAACUGCACAAAGGUUCUCGUAUGGCAUACUAGAACAGAAAAGGUAAAUCUAGCUAAUGAGCCAAAGUAUCACCUGGACAAUAUCAGAAUUGAAGUGUGACCUGCGGGCAUAAAUGGGACAUGCCAUAAUUAAUGGAUGCAUCAGACAUGCUUACCAUAUUCAGACUGUACAAAUUCCUAUUGUACAACUGCAGCCUUUGGCAGCCUAAUGGAAGACUACUGGCAGAGAGCUGAAGACGUGUCUACUUAGGCUUCACUUACUUUGCAUGCAUUUUCCUGCCCUGCUUUAAUUUUCUAACUGUUCCCAUUUCCUUUACACAUGUUCAGUGAAGAGGUGGUAAUGCACUGAAAAGUUAUUAGUCUAAAAAAAAAAAAAAAAGAGAGAGAAGCUUUUACACCGUGGCUUCCAGGUUUAUUCCUGAAUUUAAAAAGCAUUGUUUUUAAAGAAUAGAGACAAUUCUUAUAGAAUAAAAUAAUUACACAAUGUUUAUGGAUUUCUUUAAUGUAGGGAAGCAACCGUUUAUCAAUAUGAGGCACCAUAAAAUGUAAACACAAUUUACUGGCAGAAACCUGGAUACAACUUGAAGGACAAAAUUAAAUAUACAAUUUGAGUUACCCUGUAUAGUUGCUAUGCAGUUACACUGCUGAUUAAUCCUGUACAGAUCUCUUGUCGGUCAGAUCAGCUUCUUUUGACCCAGGUAACUCAAACAGUGGAAAGAAAAUUGAUAGGGCCCUAGGACCGUCCAGGUUUAUCUCUCUCUUGCGAGCCAUUUUCCCUGUUCAUCACAUCAUUAUAACAUCACAGUGAAAUGUAUGAUGAAACAAA